AACACUUCAGUCUGUGGUCACGAUGCCGCUGCAUUUAACAUGACCAGUAGCGCGCCUACAUCCACCCUUUCACCGUCGCACUUGCCUCCGCAGCCUACCUCGACCGAGCCUCCUGCCCGACAUGUCCCCACUGACGCAACGGACGCGUCCGGAACAGCGGCGCCUCCCACCAUGAACGCGUCGAGCGACACCCCUGCACCACCAGACCUGCGCCAGAGCACUCGAGCUGUGCGCGCACCUUCCCAGGCACCAGAUCCCCCACAGCCUAUUGUUUCGAACGAGCAUGACUCCCUCAAGUACCAUUUACUAGGGCCCUCACUCACCAAAGCGGGCCAGGACACAGUCGACCAACAGAAGGUCUCAGAAAUUAUAUAUAACGCGUCGAAAGGCUCAAAAUUCUUCAACAACGAGCAAGCCAAGGACAAGAAUCUCACUGAGAAGAUCACGAGAAUCUUAGCGAAGAAGGCACAGCUAGAGAAACACGACCUCUCGGCAGAUCUACGCCGUGCAGAUGACUACAUUGCAGAGCUGGAACUUGGUCGAGACUUGAGCCAGACGAUUGUCCAUCUCGACUGCGAUGCAUUCUACGCAGCGGUCGAGGAGCUGGACAGGCCGGAGCUGAAGGACGUACCCAUGGCAGUGGGAAAGGGUGUACUUACUACUUGCAACUACCAUGCAAGGAAGUUUGGAUGUCGUUCAGGCAUGGCAGGCUUUGUCGCUAUGAAGUUAUGUCCUCAGCUCAUCUGCGUGCCUCUCAACUUCUCCAAGUACAUGGCUAAGGCGCAGGAAGUUCGAGAGGUGCUGGCCUUGUAUGACGCCAACUUUGAGAGUGCGAGCUGCGAUGAAGCGUAUCUCAACAUCACGCAGUACUGCGAGGAUCACCACAUGAGUCCUGAGGAAGUCGUCAGCCAACUACGAGCUGAAGUUUUUGAAAAGGCCAAGAUCACUGUCUCUGCUGGACUCGCUGCUAAUGCGAAGCUGGCAAAGAUUGGUUCGAACAAGAACAAACCUAACGGGCAAUUUUUUCUGCCAAGCGAUCGACGGACGAUAAUGGAGUUCAUGAAGACCAUGCCAACUCGAAAGGUCAACGGCAUUGGACGUGUUUUCGAGCGUGAACUAGAUGCCAUUGGUGUCAAGACUUGCGGAGACAUCUAUGCGUAUCGAGGCUAUCUGGCCCAGCUCUUUGGUCAGAAAGCGUUUCGAUUCCUGAUGCAAUGCUACCUUGGUCUCGGACGCACCAAAAUCCAACAACCUGAAGAAUCUCACCGCAAGAGCGUUGGCACUGAGACGACAUUCAGAGAACUUGGGUCGCAGGACGCCCUCCGGGCGAAGCUACGAUGGGUCGCUGAAGAGCUCGAAGGUGACCUGAAGCGCACCGAGUACAAAGGCAGAACUCUGUGCAUCAAGAUCAAGCUUGCCACGUACGAAGUCCACACGCGUCAGGCUACACCACCAUUUGCAGUGCAGCGUGCAGACGAUCUGUACAGGUACAGCUUACCAAUGCUUGAGAAGUUGAUGAAAGAGAUUCCAAACAUGAAGCUCCGACUCAUGGGUUUACGAGUUACGCACAUCAUUAGUACGAAGAAGCCUGGCAUCGAUUUCUUCGGGCGCAACAGGCUCAACGGAAACACGCCAACGAAGAAGAGAGUCAACCGGACUGGUGGAGAGUGGGAGAUCUGGCCCGAGCAGGACUUCGAGGAGGCUGCAGCACGAGAGCGUGAUGACGAGAUGAACGAACUGGAGCAACUGUCACAAGAGUACGAGAGGGCUCACAUUCAAGAGGACACUGGCGCAACCGUUGCACCUCAGCUUGAGCCAGGAGCAGAGGAGCAGUGGACAUGUCCGAUCUGCACGCUCCCACAAGUCCCAGACGACGGCACCUUCAACGCGCACAUCGACUUCUGCCUUUCUCGCGACACGAUCAAACAAGCUGUCAAGUCCACUGCGCCGGCACCACCGCCACCGUCUCUCGACCGGCAGCCCAGCGUGCCAAAGCCAGUGCAGAGGAAAGGCAAGCGAGCGCGAUCGAAGAACGAGGCACAGCCUUCAGAGGAGCUGGCGCGCGAGAAGAGGAAGGCCUUCUUCUUCGCUGGAGGGAGCUGACUGAAGCCAUUGGAGCAGUAACAGACUUUACCCAUGUAUGUCAUGUGGACACAAUAAUGAUACUCAUAAUUGUAUACGAACAAUAGGUGCA